AUGCAAUUCCCAACCUUCACCACCGUCUUCACCCUGCUUGCAACCGCCUCUGCAAUCACCGUCUCCUACGACACAGGCUACGAUGACGGUUCCCGAUCCCUCACCGAUGUCUCCUGCAGCGAUGGUACCAACGGCCUGAUCACCAAGGGCUACAGCACCCAAUCCAGCCUUCCCACCUUUCCUCUCAUCGGUGGUGCCUCGACCAUCGCCGGCUGGAACGAUGCCAACUGCGGCACCUGCUACACGCUGACUUACAACGGCGUCAGCAUCAACGUCCUGGCUAUCGAUCACGCGGCCGAGGGUUUCAAUAUUGCGCAGGCGGCCUUGGAUCAGCUGACUGGUGGACAGGCGGUGGCGCUUGGGCGCGUGGAUGCGGACUGGACGCAAGUUGAUGUGAGUGCUUGUGGGUUGUAG